GUCUAUGUGUAAGGACAGGUGAGAGGUAACAAGUUGAGAGGUCGUGUUAGCAAAACGGUAAGGCGGCUCUACUUUUGCUCUAGUCAUAGUAAGUAAAGGCACUCAAAGAAAGCUUGUCGUGGGCUAUUAUCCCGCGAAAAACAGGCGUCACCUUUAAGGACUAGUAACGCAGUUGUUGCCAAGUUUUGGCUAACGCUAGCAAGCUGCUACUGACUUGCAUAGCUACUUGCUAUGUCGCAACCAAGUGCUUAUUGGAGCUAACGCUAACAUAACUAGCUCACCUAACUGAAACUUUGAUUCGGGAGGAGAAACACACGAGAUGGCGGUGUCGGUGCGGGGUCUGUACUUUGUGGUGACCCUUUUUUUGGGUAGUUUUUUUGGAAGUGUCUUCAUGCUGGGUCCUUUUUUGCCCCUCAUGUUGCUGUCUCCUUCUUGGUACCGCUGGAUCACUGAUCGUAUCGUCGCUACCUGGCUCACCCUACCUGUGUCAUUGCUGGAGCUGGUAUUUGGUGUGAAGGUGGUGAUAACCGGUGAUGGCUUCAUUCCGGGGGAGCGAAGUGUGAUCAUUAUGAACCACCGUACCCGCCUGGACUGGAUGUUUCUUUGGUGUUGUCUGCUGAGGUAUAGCUACCUGCGUCUGGAGAAGAUCUGCCUCAAGGCUGCCCUGAAGGCUGUGCCUGGCUUUGGCUGGGCAAUGCAGGUGGCCUGCUUCGUCUUUAUUCAGCGCCGUUGGGAAGAUGACAAGAAGCACAUGGGCAACAUGCUGGACUACUUCUGUGACAUCAGAGAGCCACUGCAACUGCUGCUGUUCCCGGAGGGCACAGACCUCACUGAAAAUACAAGAGCAAAGAGUGAUGUGUUUGCUGCCCAAAACAACCUGCCGAAAUUUGAGUAUGUGCUGCAUCCCCGCAGCACUGGAUUCACCUUCAUUGUGGACAGACUACGAAAAGGAGACAACCUGGAUGCCGUCCAUGAUAUUACCGUGGCCUACCCCAAGAACAUCCCUCAGACAGAACGCCAUCUCAUCAUGGGGUUUUUCCCUCGUGAAAUCCACUUCCACGUCCGCCGCUACCCGGUAGCUUCCCUGCCCGACUCUUCCUCCGACCUGGAGGCUUGGUGUCGAGAGCGCUGGGCUGAGAAGGAGAUCCGUCUGCGGGACUUCUACUCAGGCCAGCCCCGGGCCUUUGAUAGGGACGGUGUUGCGCGUGUGCCACCUUGUAAGACGGAGCUGCGUGUGAGUCUGAUCAAAGCGGCCUCACUGCUGUACUGGAGCAGCUUCAUUGCUCUGUGCUUCACUGGCCUGUGGCUGUGGGCGCCAUUCAGGCUCUACUGCCUGAUCAUGGUUGGAGUGUAUAUGGGCCAGCAGAAGCUGAUUGGCGGGCUGGAGCUGCUAGAGUUGGCCUGUCACCGAUACUGGAAGACAAUCGCUGCCAAAGCGGGUGAGAAGAGUAAGGGGCUGGAUGGAAAGCUGCUGUGAGGAUGGCCAACAGGGGUGGCUGGACAAUGGUAUGUUUCCACCUUUGCUCAGCAAGGACACCGUGGACUCAGUUGUCUUGGCAUGUUCAGUCCAGGGGGCAAGAGGAUCCAUUUGAAGGACCCAAUGCUCCAUGCCUUAGAAAGGAACAGGAGUAAUGAGUUCACUUCCUGACGGUAUGCAUGGUCUCAGCGGAGAGAGAGCUUACCUUUCUUUUGAAGCAGAAAAAUAGGAAUGUUAUUUAGAGUUAUGUGUUGGAUUCGAGGAAUUUAUCACACAGAAUGUGUCACUUUCCCUUUGAAUCCGUUCCUUGUAUGAACUCUGUUAUUUAGCUUGCUGUCGGUGCAUUUUAUCAGUUAAUGUUAUUGGUGUUUAUUGUAGUUGUUUGUUGAGAACCUCAGUGUGGUUAUGUCAUGAUGAAACAAUGCUGUUAGUAUUUGCCAUACUGUUGCCAUGUCUUUGUAACUGAUGUUGUUGUAUGCUUUGUGGCCCUUGGUUUUAUAUUAUUGUUGUUAAAUAUGGAGCAGAGCCUUAGUACAGACCACCUGUACGACUUGACUCUAGCCAAUAUUGAAAUCAGCACUAUAGUUAGCUGGAAUAGACUGAUGGGACUAGUUAAAUGAAUCAGUUUUGAUUUGUAGUCACUAGCAACGGAAUAACUAAGGAAUAUACAGGUAGAUAUGUGUACCAUUGUUUACCUUUUAUUGGGUAUAAUUACCUUUUUAUACAAAUUGGGGAAUGAGGUUUUCCUAGGAAGUCCUCCGAGAUAACGUCUGUGAUGAUGUUUAUUACUGUGUAGGUCAGGAAACAUAGACUAUGUUAUUUUGCUUCUUUGCUCAAGUAGCUUUUGCACAUAAAAGCCAAAGGUGAGAAAAUCAGAUGUGAUUUUAAA